UGCAGCGUGAGGAUGGUCUUCACUACGAGCAGAUUAUGGCUUUACGGUGCCUUCAUGCGGCUGUUAGUCGGGUGGAUACACCAGAAUAUGAUGCAUCUCCAGAAACUAGACGAGGGAGCUCCAGGUCUGAAGCAUCAGUUGAGACUCGACGAUGUUAUAGCUUUCAUCAGGCAGGGUUUGGGCUUUCCUACAGGCCAAAGGAUUUUUCUUUCAUGGUACUUUGACGAGGCAAACAGGGCUUCGAAGGUUGGGGAGGCGACGUGGUUACAGGACAUGUUUUCUGCAUACGUCUCCUGGUUCGCAUCCAAGCGUGCCUCGGACACGCUUGUGCUGUUUACGGCAGCGACCACACGGUAUUCUGCAGCAUCGCUCGCCAGGAGGGCGCAAACGCUUUACAUUCCGCUCCCGCCCUUGACUAAUGACGACGUCUAUGACAUCGUUCAGGAAUUCUUCGACCGGGUGGCGAGCUCAGUUCGCCAAGGGGCACGCAUCGAACUGAGCAACGAGUGGAAGAAGGUCCUCCGCUUUGCUGGAGGCAAUCCGAGGAUUGUCUCAUUCCUUUUGAAGGGGCUGGUGUCACGAAGUUUUGGCGCGAUCCCACUGGAGAAGUUCAAUAUGGAGCUGCAGAAGGGAUUAGUUGUGACAAGAGCCAGGGCGUUGGUUGAGAACGCAUCAAAUCUGUUUGUCAACUCAGAGAUUGACCUUCAAGGCAGUCCAGAACGCAUGCAGAGAGUCAUUCCAGGUGCUAAAGCUAGUCUGAUGCUGAAGGCCAUCUACAUUUCCCAACUUGGAACUAUCGUCAGACGUGCAGACAAGGUAUGGGACGGGCGCUUUGAAGAUACUUGGGGUGAUUUAGAAGGUCAAGGUAUUGUGGGUUUGGUAGAGAUAGAGCGAGGGCCUCCCACACGUCCCCCACGGAAAGCAUGCAAGGUGUUUUCGGGUCUCGCUCCAAAUGCGCGUGUCAGGUACUCUCCCAUUGCAGCUUACUCUUUGGCACUGGCCGACUCCAUCCCAAAAGGAUUAUGGCCCGAUUUGACAAACGAUUCCUGGGCUGUAAAGGAGGACUCAGACGUCCUUGGGUUCACAUUCAUGCUUUGGCUGAAAACACACUUGGAUGGCGGUCAAGAAUUCAAGCUCAGGGACAUCAUACCUUCCCACUCAAGCUUAAGUGACUACCUGGAUGGUUUAAAUCUUCAAUUGCCUUUGCCACCUGAGGAACUAGAUUGGACAAUCUGUCAGCCAGAGGUGCUACCAACAUCAAGAGCAGAGUCGUUAGAGCUUAUGGCUGGGGAUCCUAAAGCUUUUAUAUUCUCUCUCAAGAAGAAUAUGUAUGUGGACGCUAUCAUAAGGGUACAAAAGAUAUGCAGAAGCAAGGCACCACAGGAUUGUUUUAUCUUGAUUGAGAGCAAGUACAGUUGGAAUGAUCAGAACACUCUUGGUAACAUGAUGGAGAAAGUAUGCCAUAACAUCCAAGACUGGGGGCUUAAAAUGGAGGAGGUGAUUCAUAUAUAUUGGUUGGAUGAAAAAACUACCACUGCAUGGAAUGCACAAGUUGAAGGAUGGACUCCACAAAAUCUUAUACUUGGUAGCUUUUCUAGUGAGAGUCCAUUUGAAUUGCUUACUUGUAUUUAACAU